UUUAGUUAAACUAAACACACUAGACAUAAAAAAACACAAGCACGCAGACAAGCUUUUGGAUUCUUCAAGAAAUAGUCAAGCUUUUGGAUUAUUCAAGGGGAGGGAAAAUAGACUCAACGUGGACUAAUGGUUGACAGGUAUAUGCUUUUUUAAUUUGUAUUUGAUCCUCGAAUUUUUUAAAGCGAUGGUUUAUGUGGUAUUAAUAGGGUUUAUGUGGUUUUAAUAACAUGCUGAUACGAGAUUAAUUUGUGCAUUCACAGUCCUUUUUUCGCUCUGUACAUUCAUCAUGGAGGGACUUUAAUUGAUUUAGGCCCAACAAAAUUGUACGCUGGGGGCAAUUUUGUUGGUCGAUUUGACUUUGAUCAAGAUAGAUUUGGAUUUCUAGAUUUAGAAGAGGAAAUCCAAAAGCUGGGGUAUGUUUCUUGGAAACGAUUAGUCUACAAAGUACCAAGACUUGAAGUGUUUAAAAGCCUUAAGGAUGAUAAAGAUGUGAUGCAAAUGCCAUCACAUGUUUCUAAUGGAAAUGAAGUGCUUGAUAUAUAUGUUGAUGGUGGGAAAAAAGUUGAGGGUAAUGUAGAUGACAAUAAACUGCAAAAUGAAUCUAAUGGUGGGGAAGAGAAUGACUCAGAGUAUGUGUUUUCUGAUGGCGAAGAAGUUACUGAUGAUAAUAUGAGUGCAGAAGUGCUUUAUUCGGAAGAUGAUGAAUACCUAGAAGCAAUUAAAAGUGUGAGGGGUAAUUCUACGAAGGGCAUUUUGGAUGGAGGCAGCACCCUAGUCUAGCCAAAACCUUUUAGUCAUAGGAAAUUCUAGCCAUACAAAUAAAAAUAUGGAAAUAAUAGCAUUUCUGACUAAAAUACCCUUUUAGUGUGUAACAAUAUAAAAUAUACUAUUACAUGUGUAAUAGUGUAUUUUACAUUGUUACACACUUUUUCGCAACCCCACACUUUUACAUUAUUACACACUUUUGUGAAAAAGUGUGUAACAGUGUAAAAUACACUGUUACACACUUUUCGCAGUUACACACUUUAUGUUAUUACACACUUUUGCGAAAAAGUGUGUAACAAUAUUAAGGGUAUAAUUGUACAUUUACGUUAGAAAAGACUAGUUUUUCCAUAUUUUUAUUUGGGUGGACAUUUUUUCCUUUUCUUAUACAAGAACGGCUAAUUGAGCCCAUUAACUCCUUUUGGAUGAUGUAUUAGGAUUUUCUACAGGUGAAGGGGGUUUCUCUGAUUAUGAGAACUCUGAUGAAGAUAUAUAUUCAUCUUCAACUGAUGACGAAGGAGAAAGGUUUAGACAAAAAAUCAAGAGGAUUGUUUAUGAUCCCAAAUGUGAUCAUAAAAAUCUUCGAAUCACAAUUGGGAUGAAGUUUCAGGAUGGAUAUCAAGCUAGAGAGGCUUUAAAAACUAAUGCAAUUGAGAAUGGAUGGCAAAUUCACUUCAAAAGGGUAACUAAGAAUCAAAUGGAAGCAUAUUGCACAUCACCUUGCAAGUGGAGGUGUUAUGGGAGCUUGGUGACAUUAGAUGACUCUUUUAUUAUUAAGAUUGUUGAGGGGGUUCAUACUUGUCCUAGAGCUAUGAGAAAUAAACAGGUGAGUUCUAGUUGGAUAGCUAAAAAAUAUCUCAAUGUCUUUCGAGUUAGGCCGGAGAUCACAGUGAAAGAGUUAGGGAAGGACAUUCUGGAAAGAUAUGCUUGCCAUACAACAAUCUGGAAAUUGUAUAAAGCAAAAGAUAAGGCAAUUGAACAGUUAAGAGGCUCGGUGGAGCAACACUAUGCUAAACUUAGGAGUUACAUACUAGAGUUACUUAGGGUGGACAGAGAAGGAAGAUUUGAACUAAAGUUGGAUGUUGGGGCUAUUUUCAAGGGAAUUUAUAUUGGGUUUAGUACACUGAAAAAGGGCUUUAAUGUUGGAUGUAGGAGAGUGAUUGGACUGGAUGGGGCAUUCCUAAAAACUUAUUUGGGAGAAGUGUUGUUAUGUGCUAUUGGGAAAGAUGGAAACAAUCAGAUGUUUCCUAUUGCUUGGGCCGUGGUAGAAGUGGAAAAUGAAGCCUGUUGGAAAUGGUUUUUGCAGAUUUUGAUGGAGGAAUUGGGCCUGCGAGAUGGUCUUGGGAUCACUUUUAUAAGUGAUCAACAAAAGGGACUUAUUAAUGCAAUUCAAGAUUUAGCCCCAUUUGCUACACACAGAAAUUGUGCCCGUCAUGUCUAUUCUAAUUGGAAAAAAACCCACAAAGGGGCAACAUUGAAGAAUAUCCUUUGGAAAGUGGUUAGGGCUACAUACUUGGAGGAGUAUAAUUUGGCAUUACAAGAAAUGGAGAAGGAAAAUGCUGUAGCUCAUGAAGAUUUCAUAGGAAGAGAUCCUAAGAAAUUUUGUAAGGCAUUCAUUGAACCUGCUGUAGUUUGUGAUAUGAUUCUGAAUAAUGUUAGUGAAACCUUCAAUGGUUAUAUACUUAAUGCCAGAGGAAAGCAUUUGAUUCACAUGUUGGAGGAGAUUAGAACAUCUCUAAUGGACAGGCAAUAUAGGAAAUUGGAAGAGGUCAGGGGCAACAAUGAUUUACUAUGUCCAUCUAUUCGAAAGAAACUUGAUAAGUUGAAUAUGGAUAGUCGAUUUUGUAUCACACAUCCUGCUUUAGGGGGAAAAUUUGAGGUAGAUUUAAAUGAGGAUCGAUUUGUAGUUGAUGUUGGGACUAGGUCAUGUACUUGUAGACAAUGGGAUAUAACAGGCAUUCCUUGUCCUCAUGGAUGUGCUAUGAUUAAUUUUCUCAAAGAAGAUGUUGCUGGUUAUGUGCAUGAGUAUUACUCUUUGGCUAAAUAUAAGGAUGCUUAUGCAUAUGGGUUGCCACCAUUGAAUGGUGAGAAGAUGUGGCCAAGAGCAGAGGGGUAUCCUGUCAAACCACCUUUGGUGAAGAAGAUGCCUAGGUAGGCCAAAGAAAAAGAGAAAAAGAGACCCGUUAGAAACGAACCCUUCAAAUUCAAACAGACUUAGGAAAAUUUGUAAAAUGACAUGUCAAAAGUGUUUCCAACAAGGGCAUAAUAGCCGAGGAUGCAAAAAUCAACCUAUUGAGAAGCCGACCGCGACACAGGUAAAUAUUCUUUUAUAACUGUUAUAUUCUUUAUCUACUUGACUAUCAAUUCAUUCUUUUUGGUUGAAGGGAAAACGAGACAGACCUCGCAAAGUACAAGCACCAGAAAGUGGUUUGUUAAGUGCUGAAAAAGCCAGAGCAUCUACUCCAAAUUCAAGGCCACGAACAGACAAAGCUGUACUUGUACAAGAAAAAAAGAAAGCUGGACAAGGUUGUGGUGUAUUAAUUUGUGACAGUGGAAACAUUUAUACGAGAAUGUCAACACAAACAAAAUCCACAUUUGUCAACCCCCCUACCUCACUCGGAAUGACUUCAAGGAAAUGUGCUUCGAGCCUAAAUGCUGGCACGUCAACUCAAGAAAGCAAAAACUAAAGAGCUCAGCUUGUGCAAGAUUUUUUAUCGAUAAUGUAAUGCAAUACAUUAAGAUGCAUCUAAACUACUAUGUCUUUGGAUGUUAGGCAACUCAUGAUUUUGUUAGAAAUGCUAUUGUUUUUUGUUAGAUGCUCUUGUUAGCUAUGUCUUUGGUACGUAUUGUUCUAAUUGUAAGUUGAUAAACAAAUAUGGGGUCCAU